AUGAACCCCCUUCUGCAGAAGGACAUCGCCUUGGCGCGUCCCAUGUUUGACCUGCUCCCCGGCAUCUACCUCGCUUUACACUUAGGCGUGCUGAAGAAGGUGGAAGCAGACAUUUUCGAAACGUGCUUCGUCAGGGGUAAACAUCCCUACGAAUGGCCGGAGGAUUCGGAAAUUGACGAUACUGGGUUUGCGUUCUCAAAUCAGCCCUCGGGCCACUAUGAGGCUUACAGACUCAUACACUCUGACGAAGAGCCUAUAGAUGGGACAUACGAUCGUGUGUUCCCCUCGAGGACGGAUCUGUUUGUUAUGGACGAUUCUAUCGAGACUCGAGAGACCUUAAAGGCGUUUUUGGGCCGUAUAUAUAAAAACCCAACCCAUGGGGACCCAUUGCGCAGCCUACCAGUGAAAGCCAAAGACGUCGACGCUCCAACUCCAUAUAUCGAUUCUGUCAAGCACGCUUACCUAUUCGUCGCUGACCUCUUUGAAGACCCCGAAGCGAUCAUCUCAGUCUUUGAAACUAUGCUACAAGGAAUAAGAUGUUUCAUACAGGAGUCAAAGAGAUGGCGGACAACGGGCAUAUCAGAAUGCUCUAGGAAUGUCAAAGCAUCUGCAAGUGGUCUGUCAUCGACCGAGACAGAGUACUACGCACUGUCCAACGCAGCAAGAGAGGCAGCCUGGUUGAGGCAGUUGUUCUAUGAGUUAGGCGUCGACUCAGAAGACGUCAAGACGAUUCGGAUAUAUGGUGAUAAUCAAGGUUCCCUGGCCCUUACGGAUAACCUAGUGCCCGCACCGUCCACGACUUCGACUUCCAUACCUUCCAGGGCGCCCUGGCCGCUUAUCCCCAUCUACACUAUGGCCCUAAAUGGCGGGUCGCUCUCCAAGACCUAUCGCACCGGCAGGACGGGUCGACCCUUGAUCUGGAGAUCCUCAAAUAUACCUUCAGAAAUGAAGGCGACUGCCGAGAAUGUGAUAGAAGCAGUAUCCAAGAGAUUCUUAGGCACCACUACCACCACCAUGGACCCCGAUUCCGAUCCGGAGCCAUACGUCUCAGAGGAGGCGCCUAGAAGACAGCACGUCUACAGUGAUCUCCCCUCUCGCCCAGCAUGGAUGAGAGAAGGAUCAGGAUCAGCGCCAUCUUCACAAGAAUCUUCCCAAGAGCAAGUGCAACAAUUCUCCCAACAAUCGACAGAUCUCAACCCCGCCAGCUCUUUCAAUAGUCAACUUCGCAGUCACGAGAAUAGUGACUACGCCUUGACGCCACCUCAGCGAAUCCCGCCGCCAGCUGAUGUUGACCUACACGAUUAUGACUUGGGACGCUAG